AAACUGAAGCUCUCUCCGAAGCUCUCAGGUACUGAAUACCGCCAUUCACAGUGCAUGAUACAUGGGCAUCCGAACUUCAACGUGGAGUCGUUGCCGCCAACUGAUCGUGGUUCUCGUACCUUCCUUCGUGACCUGUACUAAGCUUUCCUCCGCUCUUUGCGCCUGCCGUCGUCCCCCUAGCCCUGGCCACUUUCCACUUUCCACAACUCCUCACCUGCCCACACCCCUGACAACACGCCCCUUCCUCCUUCCCUCUGUGCCCCCCAAACCCAAAGGCCAGAAAAAUAUUUCAGAUUCCGCUACCAGUCGCCCAUCACUUCUUCCCUUUCUCUUCUCCAUCACAACAUCAAACACCUGUGUCUCCGCGCAACGCACCGUCGUCUGUCUAAUCUCAACCUCGUUUCUAGGGCACGAAGCUACCCUGAUCAAACUCCUCCUUAUUGCACCAGAGUUCAACCUGUUCAACUCGCAGCCAUCGUUUUCGAACGCUCCUCCACCACAGGUCCAAGUUCGAACGUCAUAAUCAAUCUAACCACCAACCUCAUCCACCUACCGCCAUCAUGUCUGCCGCCAACACUACCACCACCACCAACAACAUGGAUGCUGCCGUUAAUGACGUCGCAAACACUCUGAGCAAUACCUCACUCAACAACAAGCCUGCCGAUGACAAGACGGCCGCCAACGAGGCCGCCUCGGCCAGCGCUGCUGAGGGCCGUCGCCUCUACAUUGGCAACCUGGCCUAUGCGACAACUGAGGGGGAGUUGAAGGACUUCUUCAAGAGCUAUCUUGUUGAGUCUGUCUCGAUUCCUAAGAACCCCCGCACCGACCGCCCUGUCGGCUACGCCUUUGUCGACCUUUCCACUCCCACUGAGGCUGAGCGUGCCAUCGAGGAACUCUCCGGCAAGGAGAUCCUUGAGCGCAAGGUUUCCGUUCAGCUCGCUCGCAAGCCCGAGCCCGCUGGCGAGAAGUCAGAGGGUGCUAACGGUGAGGGUUCUGGUGCAGAGGGCUCUCGUCGUCGAGCUUCGGGACGUGGCCGCGGUCGUGGCCGUGGUCGUGGAGGCCGCACUGCCCGCGCUGGCCGUGAGGGUGCUGAGAAGAAGGAGGGAGAGACUACUGAGGCUGUUGCCGCUACUGAAGAUGCUGCCCCCGCAGCUGCGGCUCCUGCUACCGCUGAGGUUUUACCAUUGACCGACAUCACAAACAAGAUCAACACUGACGCGAGCACCAAGACUAAGACUCAAGCUCGCCCCCAGCGUGAGCGCCGUGAGCGGGGCCCUCCUGCUGAUGGAAUUCCUUCCAAGACCAAGGUCAUGGUUGCCAACCUGCCUUACGACCUGACUGAGGAUAAGCUUAUUGAGCUUUUCAAGGCUUAUGAGCCUUCUUCCGCCAAGAUUGCUCUCCGACCCAUCCCCCGAUUCAUGAUCAAGAAGCUUCAGGCUCGUGGCGAGGCUCGCAAGGGUCGUGGCUUUGGCUUUGUUACUCUGGCUUCCGAGGAACUCCAGCAGAAGGCUGUUAACGAGAUGAACGGAAAGGAGAUUGAGGGCCGUGAGAUUGCCGUCAAGGUUGCUAUUGACAGCCCUGACAAGACCGAUGAGGAACAGCACGAGGGUGAUGCUACCAACGGUCAGAAGGAUGCUGCCCCUGCUACUGAGGCUACUCCUGCUGCCGCGCCCGCCCCUGCUGCUGGUGCUGAGGCUGCUGCUACCCCUGCUGCUGCCCCAGCUCCCGCUGCCGCCAAGACUGAGGCUACCCCCGCCUCUACCACUCCUGCCACUACUGCUUAAAUUAUGGCUUGGCACGAAUUUCACGGGCAUGAACUGGGUAUGCCACGAUGAUAACACUUACGAUUUGGUACGCGAUUUUCACGAAUUUUUCUUACGGUAGAUUCUCGCUACAACGAUGAAAAGAAAGAAUGAGGUAUUCGACUUUGCCGGGAUCAUGGGGACGUAAGCGAGAGCGAAUCGAGCUCUCAUGAAUCUUGGGUGGUGUUUACUUAUCAGCCUUUAUCACUUUUUUCAUCAAACACUUAAUAUUUCCAUGAUCGGGACACAAAAAAGCUCACAGGCCCUCUGUUAUCUUGUAUUUGUAUCACUUUUUCUCCGUCACCCUUCUGCGGGUUGUACACUAGUUUACACCGGAGGCGGCAGGGGGGAGAGAAAAGUUUAGCGGUGUUAUAAAGGGCGUUUUGAUGAAGUUGAACGGGCCUACGUGAUCCCAGUCGUUUGAAUGUAUGUUGUAUAUUUCUGUGAUGGUGAAGGUAUGUAAAUUCGUUGUGAUGCUUUGUGCCUGACCUCAUGCUAGGGACGAGACGAGUUGAUAGUAGAGUUUAUCCUUCAGGAUUGUGGGGAUGCAUGAGAAGAGGCGUCAUCGCUUUGGAUUACAUGGUGAUAACGGCAUAUGUCGAUUUACCUAAUGCAUCAACGCUGUUUUGGACCGUUUGCGUGCAGAAGAUUGUGUGUGCUGCAAAUAAAUCAGCUGAAACUUUCAUGGUGAAACGUACAGACUGAUGCUAGACAACACAAUAGCUCACGUGGCCAAGAGCGGACAUUAAGGGUUCUAGAACUGGUGCUGAAUGUUGUCUUGAUAGAGUGUAGCGAACGUAAGGUAUGGAUAAAAAUGCCCCGCCAACCUUAGCCCCUUAAAUGGCCGGGAGCAGUUGGGGCACCUCAUGGCAACGAGCGGGAGGAGCUGGCCCC